CUGGCCCAUGUCCUGUCCCUUUAAAUCGGCACCACUGGGCCCUCCCUCCCUGGGCUCUGAGACUUCCUCCCUGUGCUGUGCUGGCAGGAACAGCCUCUGUACUCACAACCCAAGGCACAGCACCAGGUCGCGGGUUUCUGCAGCCAACAGCAGAGCCUGUCACCACUUCUGCUGGAAGGUGGGCAUGGGAGGACGCAAGAUGGCCAGAGAUGAAGAGAAUGCCUACGGUUCCCAGGACCCGGACGACCAGCAGCAGCCAGUCGCGCAGGAGCGCAGGCUCAGGCUCAUCCUGGCCGGCAGGACCGGAGUGGGCAAGAGCGCCACGGGCAACAGCAUCCUGGGCCACAGGCUCUUCCCGUCCAGGCUCGCGACCACCCCGGUGACCAGAAGCUGCGCCCUGGGGAGCCGGAGCUGGGCCGGGUGGCGCGUGGAGGUCACCGACACCCCCGACCUCUUCACCGCCCAAGGCCGGCACGCGGACCCGGACUGCACCGAGCGGGCCAACUGCUACCUGCUCUCGGCGCCCGGGCCGCACGCGCUGCUGCUGGUCACGCAGCUGGGCCGCUUCACCGCCCAGGACGAGGAGGCGGCGCGCGGCGUCCGCGAGCUGUUCGGCGCCGGCGUCCUGGCGCGCGCAGUGCUCGUCUUCACGCGCCGGGAGGACCUGGAGGGGGGCUCGCUGCACGACUACGUGCGCGCCACCGACAACCGCGCGCUGCGGGCCCUGGUGGCCGAGUGCGGCGGCCGCGUGUGCGCCCUGGACAACCGGGCGGCGGGCGCCGAGCGCGAUGCGCAGGUGGGCGAGCUGCUGGCGCUGGUGGAGCGGCUGGCGCUGGAGCACGACGGCGCGCCCUUCACCGACGACGUGUACGGCCUGGCGUGGGCCCGGCGCCACUCGCGUCCCGAGGACACGCUCCGCCUGGUGGCCGCGCGGCUGGCGGCCCGCGGUCUGGGGCGGGGGCCGGGGCGGCGCAGGCUGAAGGCGCGGCAGGCGUGGCGGCGGGCGCUCCAGCUCCUGGGGGGGGAACUGUUACCUGUCCUGCUGCUUUUCCCGUGGUGAGUCCCCAGACCCAGAUUGAAGGCGCUGCCCUUCCAAACGCGGGGAGCCUGGCGGGUAAAGGGGCUGGGUACAAGGCGCUGAGGGAGACUUAAAACCAAUUUCAAAGGAAGCCUGGAGUUUCAGACUGGGAGUCUUAAUGACUCAGGACGCUUUGGAUACUGUAUCGACUUUGCAAAGGCUCAAGUUGACUUUUAGCGUUUCGAUGUCACUUUUGACUAUAUGUACACUAUUCAAAUAAAUGUGGUUAACUUUCAAAUG